AUGAAGCUCCAAAUUCUCACGGCUCUGAUUCCGGCUCUAUUACCUUCGGUGAAUGCCGCACCUGCUCCUAGGCACACAGGAAACCCAGGGCUCCGAGGUAGCGACGCGCUCCUCGGAUAUUCGUCAUCAAACAAGGGGGGUGGCGACUCUCCACCAGAUAUUAAGUAUACAUUGCUCCCGGGGCAGAAUGAGGAUCCCAAAAUUGGGUCGUAUCUCGAUUUCGAAAAAGCCGACAAUCCCCAGCCGAUCCGUGGUUCCUUGGGUUCCGAUGACCCCGGCCCGAGAAAUUAUAACUAUGAUAGGAUCAAUAGUGAUAAGCUUGCACCACCAGGAACUGAUCAUGGGCAGACAAUUAAUGCACAAUGGCCGAUGGGAUUGAGUCAUAACAGACUUGGACAGGACGGAGCUGGCUGGGCUCGCCAAGAAAACAUAAACGUGAUGCCGGAUGCGACGCUGAUGGCGGGAGUGGAUAUGCGCCUGGAGCCCGCCGGGUAUCGCGAGCUUCAUUGGCAUGUUGCGUCCGAGUGGUCUCUUGUGCUCAAUGGGUCUUGUAGGAUCCAGGCUGUUGAUGAGAAUGGAGAGACAUUCAUCGAUGACGUGACUGCCGGGGAUGUGUGGUUUUUCCCACCGGGUGUUCCUCAUUCAAUUCAAGCUCUUGAUGAUGGAGUUGAGUUCCUGCUGGUCUUCGAUGAUGGCGGCUUUAGCGAGGACAACACGUUCCUGGCCAGUGAAGUGUUCCUUCACACUCCGAAAGAGGUCCUGUCUAAAAACUUCGGUCUGGAUGUAUCAGCCUUUGACAAGAUCCCGGAAGACGAACUGUACAUCUUCAAGGGCACCCCAGCACCCGCGGACAUUGAGAAGCAAAAUGUAACAACCUCAUCUGGAUUUAUUCCGCGAGCCAAAAGUUACUCCUACCACUUUUCCGAGCAACCAGCCCACGAAGUUGCAGGUGGUUCGGUCAAAAUUGUCGACCCAGUGACUUUCCCCAUCGCCGCCAACUUCUCUGCUGCUGUCGUGACCGUCUGUCCAGGCGGCAUGCGUGAGAUCCAUUGGCAUCCCACUAGUGAUGAGUGGACAUUCUUCAUUUCGGGCCAGGGUCGCGCGACCCUGUUUACUGCACCAAAUGCCGCCACUACCUUCGAUUACCGCGGGGGUGAUGUGGGCUACUUCCCGAAGUCAAACAGUCACUAUAUUGAGAACACUGGCGAUGAAGACUUGGUUUUUGUCGAAGUUCUUCAAGCCCCAUUAUUCACAGAUAUGGCUCUUGGUCAAUGGAUCGGGUCCACUCCCAAGCAAAUCAUUGCAGACACGUUAAACCUGAGUGAAGAAACUCUCAGUAAAUUGAGUUCAGAAAAGCAAUAUGUGGUUGCUGGUAAGGAUACUUGA